CAGGCAGGCGGUUCGCGGGAGUAGCGGGAGGCGGAGCUGAGACUCCCAAGUGGGUUCUUCCCCGGGAUUCCGGCGGCUGAAACUCAGCCACCCCGAGCGCGAGCGCAGAAGGGGCCGAGCUGAGAGAGGGCGACCUGGAGCGCUGCAAUUUCGGGUUCGUUUCUUAGCACCCAGGAGGCGAACGGAGGAAGAGUCGCGAGGUCGAAGCCAUGCCUCGGCUUGGCGGCUCCCGGGCGGCGCAGCUUGUUCCGGCGCGGUUCUCGUGAGCGCUUCUAUGGGGGACCCCGCCGAGUAGCAGCGGGCCCCACCAACGCCGAGGAGCCGUGCCCUGAUGGAGCCGGAAGAAAAGAAGAUCUCGGUGUGGAUUUGCCAGGAGGAGAAGUUAAUCUCGGGCCUCUCCAGACGAACCACUUGCUCGGAUGUGGUGCGGGUCCUUUUGGAGGACAGCAAGCAGCGGCGCAGGCGUCGGCAGCAGCAGCAGCAGCAGCAGCAGCAGCAGGCAUCACUGCAGGAGUGCGGCGGGGGGAUGUUGUCGGGGCUCCCACAGUCUUACUGCAUCGUGGAGAAGUGGCGGGGCUUUGAGAGGAUCCUGCCCAACAAGACCAAGAUCCUGAGGCUCUGGGCGGCGUGGGGCGACGAACAGGAGAACGUGCGCUUCGUGCUGGUGCGCAGCGAGGCGUCCUUGCCCAACACCGGACCCAGGAGCGCCGAAGCCAGGGUGGUGCCCAGCAGAGACAGCCCGGGCCUCCAUGGCUUGGGGGUUACAGCCCGCGCCAGCCUGGCCUUGAGCCAGGAGCGGCAGCGGCGCGUGGUGAGGAAAGCCUUCCGCAAGCUGGCGAAGAUCAACAAGAGGAAGGGCCAGCCGCAGCUCGAGGAGCCGCCGGCCAAGGAGGCCCCCGCGGCCGAGCGGAUGGAGACUCUGGUGCAUCUCGUCCUCUCCCAGGACCACACCAUCCGGCAGCAGGUCAAGCGGCUCCGCGACCUAGACCGGGAGAUCGACCGCUACGAGGCGAGGAUUCACUUCGACCGCAUGAAGCGCCACGGGGUUAACUACGUGCAGGACACUUACCUGGUCGGAGGGGAGCCGGAGCCCCCCGCGCGAGAGCAGGAGGUGGAGUCGCCCGCGGCGGCGGCGGGGGAGCCAGAGAAGCCGGCGGCCGGCGGCGAGGACUUGGAGGAGUUCGCGCGGAAGUGCGAGCAGGUGGCUCGGCUGCAGGAGCAGUGGCGCCGCCAGGAGGAGCUGAUCGAGCACUUGGCCGGCGAGAUCCAGGAGGAGCUCAACGAGCGCUGGAUGAGGCGGCGCCGGGAAGAGCUCGCGGCCGCCAAGGGCUCCAGCGCCAGCCUCUCCGAGACGGACUGCAACACCACCGAGCUGAGCGGCGGCGGCGAGCUCCACGUGGAGCAGGAGCGCGUCAAGACGCAGCUGAGUACUAGCCUCUACAUCGGGCUGCGCCUCAGCACGGACUUGGACGCCGUGAAGUCGGACCUAGAAUUUACGCAGCGCGCCUGGGCCGAUAAAGAGCGGGAGCUCCGGCGCCUGCUCGAGUCCCUGGAGUCCUUCCACGUGGAGGAGGACGAAGAGACGGCGGCGGAUGAGGACGGGGACGAGCAGCGGGACCUCCCGUUCGACGCGGACGACGAACUGCCCGCCCCGGCCCCGAUCACCUCGGAAGAUUGGGGGGAGCAAGCCUCCCGGAGUUUGGGCAAGAACCACGAGGACCAUGAGGACGAGGAUUCCGAUACGGGUUUGAGUUCUAUGCACAGCCAGGACUCGGACUCGGUGCCCGUGUGCGAAUCCCUUGUGUAGCAGUUUCCUCCCGCCGCUCCUCCCGUUCUCUUCCUCAUCAUCAUCUCAGGGGCCGCAAAGCUGCGCUUCUCCCCCGUUUUGGCCUUCGGUGCAAGAAUUCCCACUGGGGCAAAAUGCUUGGAUUAAGAGACUCCGCCUGCAUUUCCUCCGGUUUCUGAUCAAGUGCAUUACAAUACACUAAUAAUCAUGAUGGUGGUUAAUUACAGGUCAUUUGUGAUCAAAUAAUUAAGUCCCGGAAAAUAUAUAUUGGUAUAAACAAACAAAAAGCUAGUUUUCUCCAUAAUUUUUUUAAAAAGGGUAUUCCUUAUUUUGUUUAUUUCAAACGUUUCAAAGCAAGAAAAGCUGUAUUUUUUAAUACUUAAUUCUCUAAAGAAGUACUGUUGGGGAAAGUAUAUUAUAUUGUGUAUAUAAAACAAAACACCCUACAUCUGCAUUGGGGCUUUGACAUUGAAAUUUGCUGAAGCUAGUCAAGACGGGCAGAUUUCCGUCUUGCUUUCUCACUCAUUAACUGCAAGCUUUAAAAA